GAUACAAAAUAUGUAGAUGUUUUCACUCCAUUUAUGGCUAUCGCUGAGUUGUUGGAAUUUUAUACAAUCAACUCUAAUAUUCCGGAAUCCGCCUCAAGAUCAGAAGAAACAGAACCCCGCCAAAUGCAUUAAUUCAGCUUUUUCGCUAGGGCUGGCUGGUCUCCUUUAAUAAUAUUCCAUUCCAUAUAUAUAGUCCAAGCUGCCUCCAAGAGCUAGCUAGCGACCCCCACCGCUCACCCCCUAGCCUAGCCUUAGCCCCCCUCCAAUGGCCAACUCCAUAACCAGCAGUCCAACCGCUACUACCACUCCCACCGAUCACGCCUCCCCAUUCCCGACCACCAAACUCCCGAAACUGUCCAGUCUCCAUCACCUUGAUCAGCCUCUUUUACCGGGACUUCCCGACCAUAUUGCCCAGCUCUGCCUCUCCCUCGUCCACCCUUCCUCUCUCUACUCUGUCUGCCGUUCAUGGCGUCGCCUUAUCUAUUCACCUUCCUUCCCUCCUUACCUCUCUUUGUACGCGCUUUUAUCGUCGUCUUCCUCUUCCUCGCAAUCUGCUCAAAGUCAAUCGGAUGCCGUCGACUUCUUCACCUUCGAUCCGAUUUCAUCGAGUUGGCAUCUCCUUCCACCGCCACCACCUGACCCACCGCUCCGCGUUCUCCUUCACCACCCAUCUUUCAUAUCCCGCAACCUUCCUAUUCAGUCAGUCUCCGUCUCUGGCAACCUUAUCCUUCUCGCUGCCACAACGCAUAAUUUUUUACCGGCCCUCUCUCACCCUCUCAUCUUCAGCCCACUCUCCACAGCAUGGGCGCUUGGCCCACCACUCGCCACACCACGCCGCUGGUGCGCAGCAGGCGCAGUGCAGGGUGUGGUUUAUGUGGCCAGCGGGAUGGGAUCCCACUUCUUUACCGAUACAGCUCGGUCGGUGGAGAAGUGGGACCUGCACUUACAAGAUAAAAACGACGGGAAACCCCGCAAUUUCGGGUGGAUGUGGGAAAGAAAGAGCGGGCUUAAAGAUGGGAGAUUCAGCAGAGAAGCAAUAGAUGCGAUAGGGUGGAGAGGAAAGCUUUGUAUGGUGAACGUGAGAGGCGAUGCUGCAAAAGAAGGGGCAGUUUACGAUGUGGAAAAGGACGCUUGGGAGGAGAUGCCAGAAGGCAUGCUAGCCGGAUGGAGAGGACCAGUGGCAGCCAUGGAUGAGGAGGUGAUGUACGCUUUGGAUGAGGCCAAAGGUGCUCUAAGAAAGUACGUCCCAGAGAGGGAUGCGUGGGACAACAUAUUGGAGUCCGAGAGGCUGAGAGGUGCGCAGCAGAUGGCCGCUGGAGCUGGGCGAGUGUGCGUCGUUUGCCGUGGUGGUGCUAGGAUUGUGGUAGUGGAUGUUGUGGCAUCGCUUCGAAGAUCUUGGGUGGUGGAUGUGCCGGCGGGACUCGAAGCGGUGGCGGUUCAUAUCUUGCCGAGGAUGAACCGGCUCGGCUUUGGUUUUCCAAUGCUAGAAGAUUCUACGUCCUCGGAAUGAUAUUUUUUUUUUUUCUUGGGGUGAAUUUUGGACGAACCAGGUCCACAAGAUGUUUUAUUGAUAUAUAUUAAAUCUUUACGCUGAAUUUUUCCGACCA